AUGCACACGUUACGUUUGGUUUCUAAGAUCCUUUCGAUCGCCGGCUGUUGGCCGCCCACUUCUUGCUCGCGGCGUAAAAAACUGUUGUUCGACGUCUACACUGUAGUAGUGUUUUUAUUCAUACACACGUUCACGAUCACUCUGAUUCUCGACAUAUUCCUUAUCGUAGACAAUCUGGCAGAUUUCAAUGAUAAUUUCUGUAUAACCGUACCGUUACUGUCCACGUGUUUUAAGUUGUACAGUUUGCUAGCGAAUCGCAGGAACAUGGAAACAUUGCUGGACACACUCGAACAGGAGCCGUUCGCGCCAGUGAACAUAGACGAAUGUGAAAUACGACGAAGGUUUCAUAGACUAACGGAGUGGAACACGACUGUCUACAUGAUUUUGGUCAAAUUUUGUAUAAUGUGGAUGUUCGUAACAUCGUCCACGAAUUACAGACUGAGAAAACUGAAAUUCCGUGCCUGGCUGCCGUAUGAUUACUCGUCCACGGUUCUGUUUAAUCUUACCUACUUCCAUCAGAUUGUGUCUGCCUUGUACGCAGGGCUUCUGGGCGUCAGUUCCGAGACGUUGUACAGCGGCCUGUUGAUCCACACGCACGGGCAGCUGGAGUUGCUCGAGUACCGACUGAAAAAUAUCGAGAAAAACGAGAAUUAUUCGGUGAAACGAUUUGCCGCGAGAGUGAACAGAGGAUUUAAAACGAUCGUGAGCACGCAAUUUUUAUUCAGCACAUUGGUGGUGUGCUUUCAGCUGUAUCAAUUCACGCAAAUGAAGAGGACCAUGAACUCGGAGCUUCUAGAAAUGAUGAUUUUCCUGUUCACCAUACUCAUCCAGGUAUUUUACUACUGUUGGUAUGGAAACGAGACGAAGCUGAAGAGUUUGGCUAUUCCUGACAUGAUUUUUGGUAGUAAUUGGACGUCGUUCAAUAAUAACACCAGGAAAAUUCUCCUGAUGAUCAUGAGACGUGCCACGGUACCGAUCGAGAUUACCAGCGUUUUCGUUGUGUCGAUGAAUUUACAAACAUUCGUGACGAUCAUGAAAAUAACGUACUCGUCGUACAACAUUUUGAAAGACUCCUCUAAGAAGUAA